CGACUUUUAUUGCGCCAAGGAAAAGUCUGAGUGGUAUUCAUUGUGUGAUGCCUGAAUACUGCCAUUGCAGAAAGUCCAAUUAAAAGGUACAACAAGAAAAUAGAAAGAGGGAGAAUGGCAGGAGGCACUAAUUGUAACAAAAGGACCUUGCUGGACUAGAAGCGGAGGGAACCUCGUCUUGUGAUCCUAGAAUAUGCUGUUGGCUCUAAGUGCAUUUUCACAAUGCUCUCCAACGGCUAACGCAGCAUUUAUUGUUUGCCGCUGGAUCUUCUGUUCCCACGGCCUAAACACCGAGCACAAGAUCACCUAUCCGUUUUUCUUGAUGAUGGAUAUAAAAGGCUGGGCUCAUCCCCAAGCAACUAUCACAUCUCCAGAACACACACGGCUCAGCAUCUACCUACCAAGCACAUUAGUCUCAGUAUACCUUGAUCCAACCAAAGAUUCAAUAUUGAAUCAUGCAUUUCACCCAGACUUUUCUCACCUCCCUGGCCACUCUUGACGCUGCAUCAGCUGUGACCAUUCGCAACUUCCGCACUGGUACUUGCAAAGGCAAUUACCGAGAAUGCACAAGAAUUCAAACCUACUCCUGCUGUGCUGAGAGAAUCGGUAAUGUCUUCUCUUCCAGUCUCAUCAGCGGCAUGCCUCCUACAGGUAUUGGAGCUAUUUGUGUUGGAAAGCAGGGCAAGAAUUGUGGUGAAGUCAAAAAAGGCGGUUUUGGAUCGCCUCUUUGCCUUGGGAGUGGCAACUCAAAAGGAACAUUUUGGUUUGACUGUGCUCAAACCCAUCAUUGCCAUGCCCGUCGUGGUGCCAGAUCACUCGAUGUCCAGUUGCGGGAUAUAUCUACCCCUGACAAGAUUUCGACCCCCGAUUUUGUUGGAAUCGAUGAUCAUAGGUUUUUCACAAACGAGACUACUCCUGAGGAGAUCGUGCGUGGCUUGCUCGAGUUGGUUGAGACUGAUGUGAGCUAUGAUGACAUUCCGGUCGAGUUUAAGAAAUACGAGGCAGGUACUCAUGGAGCUGAGAUGGAUGAGUGAGAAUUUUAAGAUUGAUUUGAUAGAGUGGAACACGAGGCCGAACCAAGAGUGUUCUCACACUAAUAGAUAUGUUGGCAUUGUUGUGGAAUGUGAUCUGGGGUGAUACUGGGGAAUCGGAUUUGGACCAAGAAAGGGUCGUGCGUGGAGGGAGAAGGUGUAUAGGCCAGAUAGCAGAACAGACUCUGAUUUAGUCAAUGAUUUCCCAGAUAACUCGCGAAGAUCGCAUAUAGCAAUCACAAACCAUGUACAGUGGUUGAGUGUGCAUAUGGGCAGUCUACUCAACCAUUUUCGUAAAGUUAUAUCAUCUUAACUGUGACAAGUGAAAUCAUUCGAUGAAUCGAGGCGUAAAUCGGAUUUCAAAGCCACCGAGGCCCAUGCGCUUCCCACA